UUGAAAAAGGUGGCCACAAAUGCAGCAGAUUAUUCAAUUAUAAUUUAAGUCCUAAUGCUAAUAGUCUAGAGUCAUAAGUCCAAAACUCUCUGCUUCUCGUGCCUUUGACCCUGGUGCGCUCGCCGGCUCAAGCCGACUUAAUUCGAAGUAGCCCCCAUAAAUGACAUCCCCAUUUCUCCUUUCAUUGCCUCUCCAUAUUUGGUCUCCUCCCAUCGGAUCCAACCCCAUCUUCACCCCCAGAUGGUAACCAUGAUCCUGAUAUUGUUUGCGAUCCUGGUCUUGUUUUUGAUCCUCCGUUUUUUAUCAAAAACAUCCUUGUUACACAUCCUUCUCAAGCUUUUGCGGUCUUUGGGAGACUGGUUUCAUGUCUACCAAUCCUACAGAGUCCCAGAGUUUAACGAUCUUUUCCAGGACAACGAGCUCUAUCACAAGGUUUCUACGUAUCUGAACUCUCUCCCUUCCCUGGAAGACUCGGAUUUCACCAAUCUUUUCACCGGUUCCAAGUCCAAUGAUAUUGUUCUUCACCUUGAUACCAACCAGACGAUUGGGGAUACGUUUCUUGGCGCCAGAGUCACCUGGACCGUCGAGAAAUCGGAAAACAAUAGAAGUAGAGUGUUUGUGCUGAGGCUGAGAAAGAACGAUAAACGUAGAAUUCUACGUCCGUAUCUCCAACACAUACUGUCUGCUGCUGAUGAUAUUGAUCAAAGGAAGAAAGAGAUCAAGUUGCACAUGAAUGUUGAGAAUUCAUCGGGUCAGAAUGGACGGUGGAGAUCGGUACCGUUCCAUCACCCAGCGUCUUUUGAUACUCUUGUCAUGGACGUUGAUCUGAAGAAUAGGGUCAAAGCUGAUCUUGAAAUGUUUCUCAAGUCAAAGCAAUAUUAUCAUAGGCUAGGCCGUGUUUGGAAGCGGAGUUAUCUUCUAUAUGGCGCGUCCGGAACAGGAAAAUCCAGCUUUGUCGCUGCUAUGGCUAGGUUCCUCUCUUUUGAUGUGUAUGACGUUGAUUUGUCAAAAGUAUCAGACGACUCUGAUUUGAAGAUGCUCUUGCUGCAAACAACCAGUAGGUCUAUGAUCGUGGUUGAGGAUCUUGACCGUUUCUUGAUGGAGAAAUCAAGGAAUGUGAGCUUAUCAGGGAUACUGAAUUUCAUGGAUGGAAUCGUAUCUUGUUGCGGCGAGGAACGGGUGUUGGUAUUCACAAUGAACAGCAAAGAUCAGGUCGACCAAGCGGUUCUGAGGCCGGGGAGGAUUGAUGUUCACAUACAAUUUCCACUAUGUGAUUUCUCUGCCUUCAAGAGUUUGGCUAAUAGUUACUUAGGUGUCAAGGAACAUAAGCUUUUUCCGCAUGUCGAAGAGAUUUUCCAGGGAGGGGCUAGUUUAAGUCCGGCUGAGAUUGGCGAGAUCAUGAUUUCUAACAGGAGCUCGCCAACUCGGGCCCUGAAAUCAGUCAUCACAGCUUUGCAAACCACGGCCAGCAAUGCUAAAAAGGUCAGUAAAAGAUUGAGUGACAGUGAAUCCGUUCGAAAUUCAGACGAUACGGGUGAUCAAGGAAACCUGUUGAGUCGGGAUAAUUCAGUAAGAGAAUUUCGAAAAUUAUAUGGACUUUUAAAGAUGGGGAGUAGGAGAAAAGAGGAGCCUUUAGAUUUAGGUUCAGUUGACAAAGAAGGUUCAAGACAUGAAGCUUAAAGCUUGUAACAAAAAGAAUUUUCAAUGAAUCAAAAAUUUUUUUUUUAUUAAUUUGUGAUUCUGCAAUUUGGAAUAUCGUUUUGUAGAUACCCCUUACAGGGAGAAUGAGAUUUAUCAAAUUACGUCUAGUUUUUGAUGUA